ACGAAGCUGGUCUAGGGUUUUAGAACAUUUCCUUUCUCUCCGGGGUUUAGAGAGAGAAAAGAAGAAGAAAAAAAGCUACUCUCUGUCACUCUUUGAUCGAUACAUUGCCCAUAUUUUCAGAAAUCUACGUCGCUUCAAUCAACAUUGCCUUUCCGAUCGUUCCCCAUCGCCAUUUUUUUCACUAGUUACUUGCUUGGUUCUCUGGUUUUUCAUUUCGGUGAUUAAAUACAAUGGCGGGUCUCGUUCCUCCGACCACCGCUGCUGCUACGGCUCCGGCUGCCGCCCAAUACGUUCCACCGAAGAAGAUACAGGAAGAGAAAGUCGAUUACUUGAAUCUCCCAUGUCCUAUCCCCUACGAGGAGAUUCACCGUGAAGCUUUCAUGUCUUUGAAGCCGGAACUGUUUGAAGGAAUGAGAUUUGAUUUCACCAAAGGACUUAAUCAAAAAUUCUCCCUCAGCCACAGUGUGUUUAUGGGACCUAUGGAGAUUCCUUCCCAAUCCUCUGAAACCAUCAAAAUCCCUACUGCCACUUAUGAGUUUGGUGCCAACUUUAUAGACCCAAAGUUGAUGCUCUUUGGGAGGAUACUCACUGAUGGAAGGCUCAAUGCCAGAGUGAAGUGUGAUUUGUCUGACAAUCUCAUUUUGAAGGCCAAUGCGCAGCUAACAAAUGAGCCUCACAUGUCACACGGCAUGGUCAACUUCGAUUAUAAGGGAAGAGACUUCAGAACACAAUUUCAAUUAGGAAAUGGUGCCUUAUUUGGAGCAAGUUACAUUCAGAGUGUAUCACCCCAUCUAUCAUUGGGUGGCGAAGUUUUUUGGGCUGGUCAGCAUAGGAAGUCUGGUAUUGGCUAUGCUGCAAGAUACAACACAGAUAAGAUGGUUGCUACCGGACAAGUUGCGAGUACGGGCAUGGUAGCUCUGAGCUAUGUUCAAAAGGUGUCGGAGAAGGUUUCAUUGGCAUCUGAUUUCACGUAUAACUACAUGUCAAGAGAUGUAAUAUCCAGUCUUGGCUAUGACUACAUUCUUCGACAGUGCCGUCUUAGAGGGAAGAUUGAUUCCAAUGGUUGUGUAGCUGCUUUCCUUGAAGAGCGACUAAACAUGGGUGUUAAUUUCAUUCUUUCCGCAGAGAUUGAUCACAGGAAGAAGGACUACAAAUUUGGAUUUGGUUUGACGGUAGGAGAGUAGAUUGGCAGGUCUGGAUUGGUAGAAACGUAGUGGAGUUCUUUCCUUAAUUCCUUGCAUGAUUUUUCCUUGUGUUGAAUUCUCAGUUUCUCAACUUAAUUGUUUCAGCACAUUAUUUUUGAGCAGAAUCUACAACUGCUGUUGCAGUUUCUAGAGGCCAUAUCUUAUGUGUCACUAUAUCGAAAAUUUUCUUUCUCAAUUAAUAAUUUUUUCUCCAUC